CACCAAAAAGAGAACCCUUCGCCGGCAAUGUCGAAAACCCCAUCCUCCUCCGCCCCUCCUUCCCCUCUCCAUCUCACCGCCGCAGCCAACUCUUCCUCCCCGCAGCCGACGCCGGGGGCCGUCUCCUCCUCCGCUGUUCCUCCUCCCCAUGUCGGUGCUCCCAUCUCCUUGUCAUCAGCCGCCAUCGGCAGUUCUUCUACCCCACGCCGGAGUUCUUCCCAGGCAACGAUGCUGAUGAGGUCGCUGUCAUCCCCCUUCCGGUCAAAAGCUAUGUGGAGAUCGGAAACACAACCUUCUGCCCCGUCAUCCGCCGCAGCCAACUCUUCCUCCCCGCAGCCGACGCCGAGCCCAGUCUCCUCCUUCGCUGUUCCUCCUCCCCAUGUCCGUGCUCCCAUCUCCUCGUCGUCAGCCGUGGUCGGCAGUUCUUCCACCCCACGCCGGAGUUCUUCCCAGGCAACGAUGCUGAUGAGGUCGCUGUCAUCCCCCUUCCGGCCAAAAGCUCUGUGGAGAUCGGAAACACAACCUUCUGCCCCGUCAUCCGCCGCAGCCAACUCUUCCUCCCCGCAGCCGACGCCGAGCCCAGUCUCCUCCUUCGCUGUUCCUCCUCCCCUUGUCCGUGCUCCCAUCUCCUCGUCGUCAGCCGUCGUCGGCAGUUCUUCCACCCCACACCGGAGUUCUUACCAGGCAACGAUGCUGAUGAGGUCGAUGUCAUCCCCCCUCCGGCCGAAAGCUCCGUGGAGCUCGAAUCCACAACAACCUCCACUCACUCCAUGCCCACAGCAGGAUGAACCUUCUGUCCCGAUCCCUCGGUCUCAGCGGACAGAAACCGUCAAAAUGGCAUCCUGGAGGUUGUUUCCUACGACUCUCCCAAAGGAGUUAGGUAAACCCACCUCUCGGUCGCUUUUCAUUGAGAUUUUCAAAAGACUUCCAGACACAUUUUUGUGGUUUCUGCUAUCCAUUGUGUGCUUCGCUUUACACCUAUGGACGUUCCACUACACUAGCCUGUCCAGAAAAUUCCAUCCCAAAGGCUUCUGGAUCCCUACUGCGGUUGUGCUAGGCAGUGUCAUCUUUAUAUACUUCUGGACUGUUUCUAGGUUUAGGACGGCUGAAAUAUUUCGUAGGAGGUACGGUUACAUAGUCAGAACAGUGGGGUUUUGUGGGGGAGUAUUAAUCAGCGCUUCUUACCUUCUGUUAGGGGAAUCUGCAUUUAACUAUUGUAUCUUCCUCCUGACGCUCAUCGUCAUUUUUGCCUUGGCCUUCUUGGCGCUUAGGCCAUCCACCGACUUUAAUGUCGUAAAUGGGCUAUUUGCGUCAUUGAUUACUUACACCCUUCGGCUUAUAAAGAGUCAAAUUGCUUGCCAUCCUAAUUGCGAUCAUGAGCUGAAGAGUUUCGAUCUGGAAACUCCUUAUCCGUACAUAAUCCUCUUUGCUACUAUCUUCACUGUGCUCUCCCGCCACUACUUCGAUAGUAGGGCUUUGGAGGCCGACGAGGAGGGGGCCGAGAGAGGCGGCGAUGCUGUGAAUGAGAGGGCGCCGGGUUUCGGAGCUAUGUGUCAUUCAUAUUUGGAAUACUUAUUUCUGAAUUUCGUUUCUCAUGUUGUCUUUUUUAUGUAAGAAAGAGAUGUUAUUUGGAAUACUUGGUUUGAAUCAAAUUGAAUCUCUCUUGAAUUAACAGUAGAUUUCUCAUUGAUUUUGUUUCAUUCUUAAAUUCUAUACAUCUAUAGAUGUGCAAGGGUAUGAGGUGUCUUGAAAAUAAACUGUGAAUGAUGAUCUGUUGAGUCACUUGUUUAUGGUCCAUACAAACAACCAGCUUACUCUUGUUUGAUUCAAAUGUGCACAAGUAUAUGUGAUGCAGUAAUGCUUUGAAGCCAUAGAGCUGACUAUUGAGUACUUGGUACGAAAGAUAUUGGAAUUAUAACUAAAACUAGGGUUGUAUGAAGAAUGGAUUUUGAAAACCUUUAUCGAUAAUAAUAAUUUCAUUCAUAGUAUAUAGAGGAAUAGUAGAGAUAAAUAAGUGGUUUGGAUGGAUUAAUUCUUAGUAUAAUAUUUCUAGAGUUAAAUAACUAAUUAAUUGUUCAUGACUUAAUCUCCACCCUAACAAACCACAUAAGACUGAUUAGCUGAUGAACCCAGAAUUACAUCAUCUACCAUUGCAUACACGUGCAUGUGAAAGAAGAAAGCACAAUUAUAUUACACUCCUAGUACACCCUAAGUACACAUGGCAUAUGACGUGGGGUAAUUAUGGGUAGGUUUUGGUUCCUUGACCCUCAAAGCAGCAAUCACCCUUUACCCAUUACCUAUUAACCCACACGUGGAAAGAAAGAAAAGUGUGUAAAUGGGUAGGGGUGAACAAACACACCCGCAAACCGAUCCACCCGUCCAAUCCGACCCAACCCACCCGUAUUUAUCGCUAAAACAAAGGUUUUGGGUUUGGGGGAGGGUUUUCUUUUGUACAACCCGCCUCUUUUGGGUUGGGUUUGGAUUUUGGAUUACACAAUCCGUAGAACCCGACCCAACCCCUGUUCCAACUAUUAGUAUGAGUUUGAAUCUAAAAAAUAUUUAUGUAGUAUAUAGUCAUAUACUUAUGAGAAAAUUAAGAUAUUUCGCCAUGUUUUUCUCUCAUGGUCUCCCUAAUCUAAUGCAUUCUUCGACUUAAAGUUUAUACAUAAAUCGAAUAUAGUUAUGAUUCACGUAAUCCUUUUUCUUGUGUACAAUUUUAAUAGAAUAACAUAUGAUGGAUGCGUUUGUUUAUAACAUUUUUAGUCUAAUUCAACAAAUAUCGUGAAAAAACAAGACAUAUGUUGAAGUAAAUUACAUUAUAUUAAAAUUUAAACAACAUUUGUGAAUUUUCAUACCUUUCACCUUGGUUCAUUCGUUUGAAAUUUUAAUUAGUUUUAAAUUUUUUUUAUGAUGUAGAAUAAUUAUAUAUUUUAUGUUGGGUUGGGUUUUUACUUAAAAAUAUCGCCAACCCGACCCAACCUAAUUAGAAACAAAACGUAGGGUUUAAAAUUUUUUGAGUGGAUUUGAGUUUGAUAUUUUCAAAACCGUAGUGCAUAGGUCGGGUGAUUAAAAUGACUAAACUCGAACCACCCGACCCAUGUACACCCCUAUAAAUGGGUGCUUGAAUAAAGCUUCCCCUACCAUUCCACGCAGUGGCGGAGCUAGUGCAUAUUAAGGUGGGUCCCGGGACCCACCUUGGCUCGUGAGGAAAUAUGUACGCGUAAAUAAUAAGGAUUAAAAAUCGUACCAAAAGUUAUAUCGGACAAGUCAAUGGUAGGACAUUUUAUGUUGAAAACGUGGUUUAAUCGUGGUUCAACCAUUUCAGGUUUAUUCAUUAUAUAUUGCCAAAACUUUCUUUUGUUGAAACUCGCUAGAUUGUUUUUAUCCUAAUAAUAAAUUCAAUAUAUCAGG